AAUGUAUGUCCUAUCCAUUUCCAUUGUCCUUCCCUAACUUCCUCUUCAGCUGGAAGUUGGAUUGUCCUCUCUUACAGUAGGCUGUUGUUGAUGAUAUCCAGCCAAUGAAUGUUGAGCAUCUUGCGUAGACAACUAUUUAUAAAUACUUGUACCUUGUUGAUGAUGGUUCUCCAGAAUCUUUUCUUUACAUAAAAUAUAUUCAAACUAUCAAAGAACUGUUCACAUAGUAUAUUAUUGUUUGAUUAUAUAUUUUUUGGAUUAAAUUAUGCCUAGAAUAGUUCACUAUCUAACUGUAAGUAUAAUCUUACGGUUAGAUAGCAUGAUGGAUAUGCCCAGUCAGUAUAGUCCUUUUGAAAUAUUAGGUGAUUUAUGGUAGUCGGUAGGAAAAGCUGAACCUACAUUACGCGCAAUCUAGGACUCGUCAUGAGAGUUUACUUAUAAUCUUGAGGAAAUGGAUGCUCUCUGUCGGACUCAAACCGACGUCAUCCAACUUCUUAGUCUGUGACGUUACCACUGACUUAUCCAAGACAGUAAUUGACCUCUUAUAAAACUGCAUUUUCUAUCCACUACCUUCCACCACUUUAGAUCUCAAUAUAAUGCUUAAGAUAUUAAAUCAAUUAGGUUAAUGAUCACAUUGAAUUCAAGGACUAGAUAAACAUGAUACUAGUCUCUAUUCAAUGAUUAAUCUAGUUGUACAAUUCUGUAAAACUAACAUUGAAGAAGAAAUCUAUCUCUUGUUGUAUUCAAUAUCUUUUAAAGGUAAGACAUUCAUUUGUAAAUGAAUAGUUUCAAGUUUGCAUUGUGGUUCAAUGGAAAAAAAAGGAAACGUAAAAAAUUUGAUGCAACUAGCUAACAUUAAAUAUAAUUGUUUUAAGUUUACCAUGAAGUUCAAGCACUAUGAUGUGAUGAAUAUUACUCAUAAUUCAAUUAUAAUCUCAAUUUACUAAAGACAGUAUUAAUGUUAUAUCUUGUUGGUUUGUGCUCCUAUCAGUGUAUCACGUGACGACGACGACGCCGCCGCCAAUUAGAGAACGGUCAAUUAUCAAUCGGACCAAUGACGCAUAAAACCCGAAAUUCGGGAGCUUUAAAAUGUUAUGUUUGUCAAAAUUGUACAAAUUUCACAGCUAAAGCUAAUUUCACAAUUAGCAAUGACUGUAAAUCCUGCCAGAAAAUAGUCAAACUAAAAAAUGGCGUUUUAAACGCUAUAACCAGGAGUUGUAUAAAGGAUAUAUGUACUCCAUCGAAUAAAUCUGUAUCACCAUGGCUAAAUAUCACUACAUGUUGUACAAAAAAGGAUCUAUGCAAUCAAUCAAUUCGAUUAUCAUCUGAAAUGAAUAUUCAAUUAAUUUGGAUACUUUUUAGUAUAUGGAUAUGGUAUAACUGUUGAUUGGAAAUAAUAACAAAAAAAUAGUUUUU